UUGGCGCCCUAGGGUUUUCUCUUGCGGCGGGAGAGCGAGGAGCGAGCGCGCGGGCGGGGAGGAGCUUGUCACAGGUCUGCAUUUGCCGCGCGCGAUGUCGAAGGAGGACGAGGAGUUCCGCGACGAGUCGGAGGAGCGCCUGGUAAACGAGGAGUACAAGAUUUGGAAGAAGAACACGCCCUUUCUCUAUGAUCUGGUGAUCACGCACGCGCUCGAGUGGCCGUCGCUCACGGUGCAGUGGCUGCCAGAUCGGGUGGAGCCGCCAGGGAAGGAUUACUCGGUCCAGAAGCUAAUCUUGGGCACUCACACCUCCGACAAUGAGCCCAAUUUCUUGAUGAUCGCCGAGGUCCAGCUCCCUCUGGAGGACACCGAGAGCGAUGCUCGGGUGUAUGACGACGAGCGUGGUGAGAUGGGCGGCUUCGGGUCUGCCACUGGAAAGGUCCAGGUGAUUCAACAGAUCAACCACGAUGGCGAGGUGAAUAGAGCUCGUUACAUGCCACAAAAUCCUUUUGUGAUCGCCACCAAGACCGUGAGUGCCGAGGUUUUUGUUUUCGACUACAGCAAGCACCCUUCCAAGCCGCCUCAAGAAGGCGUUUGCAACCCGGAUAUAAGGCUCCGGGGACACAAGACCGAAGGCUAUGGACUUUCGUGGAGUCCAUUCAAAGAAGGUCAUUUGCUAAGCGGCUCGGAUGACUCCCAGAUAUGUCUCUGGGAUGUGACCAAGGCGCAGCGAGUGCUCGAAGCCAAGCAAAUCUUUCAGGCACACAACAAUGUUGUGGAAGACGUCGCGUGGCAUUGCAUGCACGAGUAUCUCUUCGGCUCUGUAGGCGAUGAUCGUCACUUAUUUAUUUGGGACAUCAGAGUCCAGACCGUGGACAAGCCUUUGCACGCGAUUGAAGCUCAUAAGAACGAGGUGAACUGUUUAGCGUUUAAUCCCUUAAACGAGUGGGUGCUAGCAACUGGAUCAGCGGAUAAAACUGUCGCGCUGUUCGACAUGAGAAAACUCACGAGUCCGUUGCAUACAUUUGUGAAUCACAGGGAGGAGGUCUUUCAAAUCGGCUGGAAUCCAAAGAACGAAACCAUUCUAGCCUCGUGUGGAGCUGAUCGCAGGCUCAUGGUCUGGGAUCUCAGCAGGAUUGGUGAAGAACAAACACCAGAGGACGCCGAGGAUGGCCCUCCGGAGCUUUUAUUUAUUCACGGCGGCCACACGAGCAAGAUCUCGGAUUUCUCGUGGAACAACAAGGACGACUGGGUUGUGGCGAGCGUGGCCGAGGACAACAUUCUCCAGAUAUGGCAGAUGGCGGAGAACAUCUACCACGACGAGGACGACGUCGCGGAAGACAUGGCGAUUGCAACAAAUUGAUAAAAGAAGAUUUUCUUUAGUUGGUGAAGCUUGAAGAAUAUACCUGGAAUAUCCGGUAUACUCGUCAACAUUUCCAAGACAUGGAUGGAUUGAGAAAUUUUCAGAUCUCAUGUUUGUAGUCUCUGAUUCUUGAGGUGCCAGUGGCCGUUGGCCUUUCAGCUUCCUCGGGUAGCUCUUCCCCGA